GCCCCGUUGGUACCACCCACCUGGGAGACACCAAUGAGUACAAGAAAGGAAUCACUCACCGCAUAGAUGUUUCCCUGAUAUGCCGCUACUCCGAGGCCACGUCAGCGAGUGCGCAUGGGAGCGAUCAAGGUCCAUUCGCCCUGUGUGUGGGGAGCCACAGCCCCAUCCCUCAGGACAUGAAGCAGACACGGAGGAGGCCCGGACCCCAGACAGCCAGAGGCCCCCCAGGGCAUGGGAGCCCCCGGAGGACCACCGCAGGGAGAAUAGCAUCCCUCACCCAGAAAAGGGCAGAGGAGAGCUCCGGAGGGAGGCCAUCCGGCAGCCACAGUGCAGGAGCCCCAGGGGGCCGUGGCGGCGAGCCCGCAGGCUCCACCGGCGGCCAGCCCCACCAGGGCAGACCAGGCCCUGGGCCCAGAGAUCCAAGGGCCACCCCACCCCCCAGCAAGGGCCCGACAGAGCCAGGAGGGCCAGAUCCCGCCAGGCAACCGCCGAGGGCGAGCCAGCACCCACCCGAGCACCCAGCCCUGGACAUCGAGAACCACCAACGCACCAGUGGCCAGGUGCCCCAUCCACCAGCAGGGAGUGUGGCGGGGGGGAAUAGAGCCCGAGAUGUUAUUUCAGGUGGAGUCUAGAACCCAACCUGACACAUGCAUAUAGACAAACAGG